AUGUUCAGGGCGCUGGCAUCUGCCUGUGGAACCUUGUUCUCUCCCAGGGUCCCUGUCUCAGUGAGGAGGAGCAGCGCCUUAGUAGACAGGAAAGGCAUUUUGGCUGACAAAGUGGCCGUGAUCACGGGGUCCACUCAAGGCAUUGGCUUUGCUAUUGCCCAGCGCUUGGCCCGGGAUGGGGCCCACGUGGUGGUGAGCAGUCGCAAGCAGCAGAAUGUGGAUCCGGCUGUGUCCAUGCUGAAGGAAGAGGGACUGAGUGUGAGGGGCCUGGUGUGCCAUGCAGGGAAGGCGGAGGAUCACCACAGGCUGGUGACUAUGGUCGUAGACCACUAUGGAGGUGUUGACUUCCUAGUUUGUGCUGCUGGAGUUAAUCCAUUAGUAGGGAGCACUCUGGGGGCCAGUGAGCAGGUCUGGGAUAAGAUUCUGGAUGUAAAUGUGAAGUCACCAGCCCUGCUAUUGGGCCAACUGCUGCCUCAUAUGGAGAAAAGGAAGAAAUGUUCUGUGAUCUUAGUAUCAUCCAUUUCAGCCUACCUUCCAGUUUCAAAGUUGGACCCCUACAAUGUCAGUAAAACCGCCUCUGGGCUUACCAAGACACUGGCAGUGGAGCUGGCCCCAAAGGGGAUCCGAUUGAACUGUCUGGUUCCAGGUCUUAUCAAGACUGACUUCAGCAAAGUGCUCCAAGAAGAGGCAGACUUGCUGAAUCAAAUUAAGAAAGUAUAUGGAAUACAGAGGAUUGGACAACCAGAAGAGUGUGCGGGGAUUGUGUCUUUCCUGUGUUCUCCAGAUUCUAGUUUCAUCACAGGAGAGAAUAUUGUAGUAGCUGGCUUCUCUCCCAAGAUGUGAGGCAGCCUGUCAAAGCUAUAUUUCUGGGUGUUAAAUAGUACAUUUGAUGUUGGG